AGGAGACCGAUCCCGUCGUCGCCAUGGCCUUUGUGGCGGCGCAGCUGGUCGUUGCCGCCGCGCUGCUGCUGCUCCUCCUCGCCAUCGCCGCCACUGAAACCACGCGCGCCGAUGAAGAAGUCCCCCGCCUCUUCUUGCAGGAGAUCGCCAGCGACUACGACGAUGGGGUCGGCGGCACGGCGGGGGACAAAGGGGCGAAGACCAUCGCCGGGAGCACCAUCGUGGCCGGGGUGAUGAACGACCGGCUCAAAGCGCUCACUUCCUCCUUCGCUAAGGCGCUUGGUGACAAGCUGGACUACUGCAUCAAGGACACUGACACGGAGUGGAAUGCGGCCUUCAAUUUCUCCAAGGACACCACCUUCCUCACCAACUGCAUGAAGCAGACCGACGGAGACCUGCAGCAACGUGUCUGCACAGCAGCAGAGAUGAAGUUCUACUUCAACAGUUUGCUCGACGCUGGCGAGAAGAGCGGGGAGAUUAAUUAUGUCAGGCCCAACAAGAACUGCAACCUGUCGUCGUGGAUGGACGGCUGCGAGCCCGGCUGGGCAUGCAGCGUUGGAAAGGAGCAGAAAAUCAACCUGCAGGAUUCCAAGGACAUCCCUCUCAGAGCUCUUGAUUGUCAAGCCUGCUGCCCGGGCUUCUUCUGCCCCCAUGGUCUCACUUGCAUGAUACCUUGUCCUCUGGGAGCAUACUGCCCGCUGUCUAGCUUGAACAAAACUACAGGCAUCUGUGAUCCAUACAAUUAUCAACCACCUGCUGGAAAUCCGAAUCAUACUUGUGGUGGUGCUGACAAUUGGGCAGACGUCGGUAGCACUGACGAUAUUUUCUGCCCGCCUGGAUUCUACUGCCCGAGCACGACGCAGAAACUCCCUUGUAGUAGUGGGUUUUACUGCAGGAAGGGAUCAACCACACCAACUAGAUGCUACAAGAAGAGCUCUUGUCCACCAAACUCUGCUACUCAGGACAUUACAAUAUUUGGUGCAUUGUUAGUGGUUGCCUCCUGCUUAGUCCUCCUGAUCAUUUACAACUUCUCCGGCCAAAUCCUGACGAACCGUGAGAAGAAGCAAGCGAAGUCCCGGGAGGCCGCUGCAAGGUACGCGAGAGAGACCGCGCAAGCUCGAGAGAGGUGGAAAUCCGCAAAGGAUGUGGCCAAGAAAGCCGGAGUGGGUCUGCAGUCACAAUUGUCUCGCACUUUCUCGCGGAAGAAGGCUGUCCAGACACCCAAAGGCGGCAGCGGCGGCCUGCCUUCAAACGGAGCGGACGCGGCUGGAAAGAAGAACUUAACCGACAUGAUGCAGUCGCUGGAUGACAACCCGGACAACGACGAAGGAUUCAACCUGGACAUAGGGGACAAGAACCUGAAGAAGAACAUGCCGAAAGGGAAGCAGAUGCACAGCCGGAGCCAGAUCUUCAAGUACGCGUACGGCCAGAUCGAGAAGGAGAAGGCGAUGCAGCAGGAGAACCACAACCUGACCUUCUCAGGCGUGAUCUCCAUGGCUAAGGAGCACGACGUCAGCACGAGGCCCGUCAUCGAGAUCGCCUUCAAGGACCUCACGCUCACCCUGAAGGGGAGCAAGAAGAAGCUCUUGAGGUCCGUGACGGGGAAGCUCCGGCCCGGCCGUGUGGCCGCUGUCAUGGGCCCGUCCGGCGCUGGGAAGACCACGUUCCUCAGCGCCAUUGCUGGGAAGGCGACUGGCUGUGAGACAUCGGGCAUGGUUCUGAUCAACGGAAAGGUAGAACCCAUCCGCGCGUACAAGAGGAUCAUUGGCUUUGUUCCCCAGGAUGAUAUCGUCCAUGGGAACCUCACAGUCCAAGAAAAUCUCUGGUUCAAUGCAAGAUGCAGGCUCUCAGCGGACAUGUCGAAAGCUGACAAGGUGCUGGUGGUGGAGAGGGUGAUCGAGUCGCUGGGACUGCAGCCAGUUCGAGACUCUCUGGUCGGCACAGUGGAGCAACGCGGCAUCUCCGGCGGGCAGCGCAAGCGGGUGAACGUCGGCCUAGAGAUGGUGAUGGAGCCGUCGGUGCUGAUCCUCGAUGAGCCGACCUCCGGCCUGGACAGCGCCUCCUCCCUCCUCCUGCUCCGCGCCCUCCGCCGCGAAGCUCUCGAGGGCGUCAACAUUUCCAUGGUUGUUCAUCAGCCUAGCUACACGCUGUACCGGAUGUUCGACGACCUGAUACUUCUAGCCAAGGGAGGGAUGACGGUGUACCACGGGCCGGUGAAGAAGGUGGAGGAGUACUUCACGGGGCUGGGCAUCACCGUGCCGGAGCGGGUGAACCCGCCGGACUACUACAUCGACAUCCUGGAGGGCAUCGUGAAGCCCGCCAUGAGCGCCGGCGUCAGCGUCAAGGACCUGCCGCUGAGGUGGAUGCUGCACAACGGCUACGACGUCCCCAGGGACAUGCUGCAGAGCUUCUCCGACUCCGAGUCGUCCUCCUUCCGGGGGAGCACCGACCCCGCCUCCGGUGACGCCUCCGUCGCGGCCGAGGUGUGGGGCAACGUCAAGGACAUCGUCGGCCAGAAGAAGGACGAGUAUGACUACAAUAAGACCACGCAAGAUCUGUCCAACCGCUGCACCCCCGGCAUUCUCAGGCAGUACAGGUACUUCCUCGGAAGGUGCGGCAAGCAGAGGUUACGUGAGGCGAGAAUUCAAGGGGUUGACUAUCUCAUCCUCUGCCUUGCCGGGAUAUGUCUGGGGACGCUGGCAAAGGUCAGCGACGAGACAUUUGGUGCGCUUGGAUACACAUACACGGUCAUUGCUGUCUCAUUGCUAUGCAAAAUCGGAGCCUUAAGAUCAUUCGCUCUUGACAAGAUAUACUACUGGAGGGAGAGGGCCUCCGGGAUGAGCUCGCUGGCCUACUUCUUGUCCAAAGACACCAUAGACCAUCUCAACACCAUUGUCAAGCCCAUUGUUUAUCUGUCGAUGUUCUAUUUCUUUAACAACCCUAGGUCAUCAAUCUGGGAGAACUAUGUUGUUCUUGUGGCCCUAGUCUACUGUGUCACCGGCAUCGGCUACACCUUCGCCAUCUUCUUCCAGCCAGGCUCUGCACAAUUGUGGUCUGCAUUGCUUCCGGUUGUUUUGACUCUGAUAGCCACUCAACAGAAGAACACUUUCUUUGCUGACUUGUGCUACACGAAGUGGGCUCUAGAAGGUUUUGUGAUUGCCAAUGCUCAAAACUACUCCGGGGUGUGGCUGAUAACACGGUGUGGUUCACUGGUCAAGAGCGGCUAUGACAUUAGUGACAAGGCUCUCUGCAUAGUGGUUCUUAUUGCCAAUGGUCUAGUCUUCCGUUGUGUGGCAUUCUUCUGCAUGGUGACUUUCCAACAUCACUAGAACCUUUUGGAAGCAAGAGGGAAAAUGAGCCCCAGUAUUCUCCCUCUCUGUCUAUCCAUACGGCUGGCACAUUCAUGCAUUUAUUUAUGUGUAAGAGAAAUGUACAUUACAAGUUUACAUCAUACAUAUUCCCUUAUACCCUAGGUGGUCAGGUGUAGAUGAGAGCAGAUCUUUAAUAGCAAGCAAUUGAUCAGCUUAGACGAAUACCCUAAAUGUUAUUGCAGGCACCCCCAAUUUCAAACUAGCUGACACUAAUUAAUUUUUUUAGGCGGUCGAUAACCCCUUUACACGGGUGUUUACCAAGCCACUUACAACCAACCGCCAGUACAAAUCCACUAUUUAGAUAGACAGAUCACUAGACGCAAGCAACAAACUUUUUAAGUGGGCGAGCACCUUUAGUGACCGCAUGUGUAAACAUAAAUUUAUGGGCGGUGAGUCAACAACAUUCUCCUAUGUAAAAUUUAUCGCACAUGUGGGGAAAGGGGUAUGACAAUUGCAUG